AUGCGUAUUUUUGAGAUUGCCCCUGAAUUGCGCAAAUAUCGGCUGAUGAAAAUUGGCUUUUUUGGUAAUUUUCUUUACGUCACACCAUGCUGCACUGAUCGUAUUGAAAUAUGGUCGAUACACUCUUUCAUUCCUAAUUCUUGGUCAAAAUUAUUCAGUUUACCGCUCAUUCAGCUCCUUUACUCGUUCUAUGCUGUCUCACCUUCUGAGCCUUUCAUCUACGCCCUCGUUGUUGCACUGUUUGAAUGCGAUGUACCACGUAUUUCAUUGUUGCGUAUAAAUUUAGAAAAUAGUUCGUGUGAUAUUUUCAACCUUGAUACGGUAUCUGGAGAUGAGUUCGAAAACAAAGUUUACUUAGAAAACAUAGUACUUGGAUGUGGAGAGCAAGAGUUAUACAUGUAUGAAAGGAGCGUAGUAAUGGGGCCAAUUCCAUUCUGGAAAAUUGCACUUCUUGAGGACAGCAUGACAUUUGUGAUCAUAAAUGAAACGAUUGCUGCAGAUGAGCAUGAAGAAAAAUGUUCUCGUUUUCCAAUGGUACUAGAUGGUGAUAAAAGAAAAGUCUUUAAGCUACGAGAUAACCAUGAUAUUAUAAUUUAUAGUGGAGAAAGUAAUUCCUGGAAUACCUAUCUACCAUCAUCAAAUACUCAUACAGAUCUGAAUUUGCUACGGGUUAAAGGUGUCAGAGAAACAUAUGGACAAGUAGUACAUCGAAUGGGAGCUGUAGAAUCACCACUUACUUUUUACGUCAGUGAAGGCAUUUGCAUUGCUAAAAUUUUUCGAGAUGCAUCUCAUGCGUUUUAUUUCAUCAUGUUCGACGAUGAACUAAAAUGUUGUCAUAUAGUACCGGCUGGUAAAUGUCGUCUUCCCACACAUAUUCAGCAGCGGUUUUACGGAGUACUUUCCAUUAAUACUUUUGAUAAAAUCAUAAAUUUUGGGGUCGGAGCUUUUCAUGAAUAUCGAUUGUUACAGGUCUGUACAAAAACUCAGUUUGUAUUCAUAUGUUCGACAGGUGUGGCUUUUGUUCCUCUUGAACCACCAACACUACGACAGUUAUCAUUUCUCGCAGUACAACGCCAGUACUGCAAAGUUGUUGGUGACAUUUGGCGUGGUGGAAUAUCAGAACGAAGAAUAAGAGCUCAUUGUUCUUAUAGCACAACCAAAAAACUUCUUUAA